CCCAAAAAUCUACACAAAAUGCUGGGUAUCAUCGAGCUCGGCAUUCAAUAUCGGAUAUGGCGUUCACAAGCCCAUGGAAAGGGAAAAAAGAGCCCGCGGACGCCGACGACUCCGCUGGCAAAAAUGGCGUCGAAACUGAAUGAAGAAUCGAUUUCGCUGGAAUCCGUGAUGGCCGAGUUUAAGCUGUCAAAUACGACUCUCCGACGAAUGAUGUCCCAUUUAUCAGAUAAUAUGGAUCGAGGACUGGAAUCCGGCUUGGAACGGUCCACAAUUGCAAUGUUACCAUCUUUUGUGCCAGAAUUGCCGAAUGGAAAAGAACGUGGAAAAUUCGUUGCAAUGGACCUCGGAGGCACAAAUCUACGUGUAAUGUUGAUGGAACUGGAGCCCGGUGAGCCGAUGAGAACUAAACAAUUUAAUACAAGAAUGCCAAAUGCCGCAAUGCAUGGAACCGGACAAAAACUUUUCGACUACAUUGCCAAAGCUCUGUGCGAUUUUCUUGUCGAACGUGAGCUCGCCGAUGAGCAUUUGCCUGUUGGAUUCACUUUCUCGUAUCCCUGCGAUCAAACCGGGCUCCGAUCGGCCACGCUGCUCAGAUGGACAAAAGGAGUAACAGCGACAGGAUGCGUGGGCGAAGACGUCGUACAACUGUUAGAAGAUGCGAUUGCACGUGAUGGACGUGUUAAAGUGAAUAUAGUUGCAUUGAUUAAUGAUACAGUUGGUACAAUGGUUGCAGCUGCAUAUGAAGCUGGCGGUCACUGUGAUAUUGGCGUAAUUAUUGGAACCGGAACAAAUGCUUCAUAUAUGGAAGAUUCCAGGAAGAUUGUGCACGGAUUGGCCAACGCUACGGAGGAUUAUAAUCAUAAAUCGAUGAUAAUCGAUACGGAAUGGGGAGGAUUUGGUGAUAAUGGAGAAGCUGAUUAUAUUUUCACAAGAUAUGAUAAAAUUGUUGACUCAAAAUCCGAUCAUCCUGGCGUUAAUUCUCUCGACAAGCUAAUCGCCGGAAUGUGCAUGGGAGAGCUCGUCCGUCUGGUUUUGGAGCGACUCUGUGAGAAUAAAGUGCUCUUUAAUGGAAUUGGCUCGAAAAUGCUCCGUACUCGAAAUACGUUUCCGACGAAAUAUAUUUCCGAAAUUUUGCACGACGAUUGCGGUGUCUACAGUAAUACCCGACAGAUCAUGGACGAGCUCGGCAUCGAAGGAGCCACUUUUAGCGAUAUGCUUCUGCUCCGUGAAGUUUGUGUCGUUGUGUCGAGGCGGAGUGCGAAUUUGGCGGCUGCAGCAAUCGCGUGUGUCCUGAAUCGUGUCCGCCGGCCGAAUAUGCUCGUUGCAAUCGAUGGAUCCACGUAUAAAUACCAUCCAUUCUUCAAUCAUUGGGUGUGCGAGAAGAUUCGAGAACUUCUGGAUCCUGGGCUUGAUUUCAAAAUCGUCCAAACCGGUGAUGGCUCAGGCCGUGGAGCCGCACUCAUCGCCGCAAUCGUUUCGAGAGUCAAGCGAGAAGAGGAGAAGCGGCUGAAGGAUCUGGAAGCCCAACGGCUCCGCGACGCAGAAGCCGAGGAGCGGCGCCUGCUGGAAAUUGAGAAAGAGAAGGAAGAAGCCGAAGAGCGAGCACAAAAGAUCUCGGAAAUGAUGAGAUAUCAGAUCGAGCGAGGCGCCGAAGAGUCAUUCCAACGUCAUGAUUAAGCCCCCCGUAGGAUUACUGUAGUUUUGUAGUUUGUAGCCUUCCCGUGCCCACUCGAUUCACUUUUCCCCACAGAGUUUUUUUUUAUUUUUAUGUUUUAAGAAUUUUUUUGUUAUUAGCCUGAAAGCCUGAAAGACUAUUACUAACCCUCCCACUUUGUAAGCCCAAUUACGCCCCCACAAAUUGCCAUAUACGUUGAGAUUUUCUUGUCAAAUGUCGUUCCCACCCACACACACACUAGUCCACAGUAUUUAUGCCUGAAAUCUGCAUUUUUAUUACAGAUAAAAUAUUUUAAUUUC